AUGAAUUAAAGUUAUUUACUCUAAUUAUUUACCCAACCUAUAGCUGAAGGAUUGUCCAUUGUGGAAUUAGAUCAAUUUUUAGAUUAUAUUGCAAAAGUUAAUUCAAACCAAGAAAAUUAAUAAUCUGUAGAUUUAUACAUGGAGAACAAUUUCUCAUUAAAAUUAAUUAUGAUCAUGAGAACAAUUUACCAUUUUGAUUCAAUUAUGCAAAUGAAUCCUCAGAAAUACAACUCUUAAAGGUUUAAAUCAUUAGUUAUCUUUGCUACUUAGCAACUAAGAAAACUAUCAUAAAUCACAUCAGAACAAGAUUAAUAAAUUAUAUUUUCUUUAUCUAUUCAUUUAGGUAUUAAAUAUUUCAAAUCUCAUAAUAAACUUAUAUCCCAUCUAAUUGGAAUAGUAUUUGAGGCAUUCUAAGAGAAAAAUGAGUUAUUUGAUUAUUUAUUACAAUAAAUGUCGUAAUCCUUAGCUAGUAGCCACUAAUAAAUGUCAAUUUCUAUUAUAUCAAUAUUAUUUAUAUUGGAUUAAUUGUUGAGAUUUCUAUUUGACAUUAGAACAUUGGAUUAAUAACUUUAAAUGAUUAUUGAACAAAUAUUUCAAUAAUUGUAAUAUAUUGAUUAUGCAAAUAUUGAUAUUUAGGUUGGAAAAACUUUAAGUAGCAUCAUAGUUAUAUGCAUUCAAAAAUACAAUUGUUAUUAACAAGAAAAAUUGUUAAUAUUAUCCUAAGAUCAACAUUUAUUAAAAUUCAUAUAGAUGUAUUUAUUAUAAGACUAAAUAAUAACCUCAAACUUAGUCAAAUCUUUAAGCAUACUCAUCAAAAAUUAAUAAUAAGUUCAAGCUUAACUAAAAUUUGAUUAGCAGUAAAUCCCAUAUUUAGGAUAAUUGACAAAUUAAGUAUUACCUCUUCUUAUAUAAUCAUUUUUGGAAAAAAAAUUUGAACACUCAACAUCUUUAUCAGUUUUAUAAUUUGUAAACGAAUGUUUAAGUUACUCCUUUUCAUACGAUUUUUUUUUAAAUAAUUAACAACAAUUUUUAUUUAAUGUCAUUUUUGAUAACCUAAUCUUUGAUAAUAAUGAUCAUGAAAAUUUUAAUGAAAAUUCUACAAAUUUUUAUGAGGAUAUCUAAGCUAUAAUAAAUUUUGAUGUAAAUAUUAUUUAAUUAUUUAGAAUGACACAAUUAAAAGUUUAAUAGCAUAAAUUUUGGAUAAACUUUCUAAAAAUAUUGAUGGAUUUUUAAAAAAUUAUUAUGAUUUGGCAAAUGAACUGUUGCUGUUUCAUUUUGAAGUGAUUCAAGAAACUACAUUAUGCAAUAAAUUAUAACAAGAAAUUAUUUAAUGUAAUUUUUUUACUUGUUCUUCAAAAAUAAGAUAUAAUGCAAUAAUGUUAUCUUUUUGUAUAUUAAAUAAAUAACUUACAUCAAGAAAAGAUGUUAGAUAAAGCAUUGAAUAUUUUUUGAAACAGAACCUAAAGUAUAUGAAAAAAAAAGCUGAUUCUCUUGGAAAAUGUUUAGGAAUGGAAUUCAUUAAAUUAGUCUUACCUUUAAUAUUCUCUAGUUCUGAUAGAUCUUUUACAAAAUGUAUAAAAUUCUGUUUCGGAAUUUUAAAUUAAACAAAGCAAAAAAGAGGAGUAAAGUUUUUUGCAGUCAAAUGUUUAAUUCAUCUCAUAUAGAAUUAGGAUAUUUAACUCAAAAUGGAAGACUCACUAGCAUUUUAACAUCAUGAAUUUUGUGUUUUAUUAUCAUUAUGCGAUCUUGAUAUAUAUUAUGAAUUUGCAUCAAUUGUAGUCUAGAAUUGUAAUGUAAUCAUAGAUACUUAUCUUGAUGAUAUAAUGAAAGCGAUUGCCAAAAGAAUUGAUUUAGGGUGUAAAAAAAUCAAUUUGAAUCAGACAUAAUAUAUUAAUCACACAUCAAUCGUUUUUAGUUGUAUAAAGAUUAUUGAUACUAUUUUAUCCUAAUCAUAUACACAAAAAUAUAUAGUAAUUAUUACAUAAAAAAAUUUAGGCCUAAAUAGAACCCACAUUGAUUUAAAUAUUAAAUUAAUUAUUACAACCAGAGAAUUUGUUAUUUGUAGAUGAGAUCUUUGAUGCUGGCGCUAAAUUCAUUGCCUAUACAAAGGGGUUGACAGAAAUAAUACAUAUAAUUUUUGAUAGUUUACCUUCUAUUAUGGAAAAGGAAGGUAAAUUAACAAUUGAGAGCGUUUUUAGACUAUUUUUGUAAAGCACAAUCCAUGCUUCUGAGGUGAUAAAAUCAAAAUCUUAAUGGAUAUCAAUUGUAUAUAAAAUAAUUAAAAUCCUAGAUGUUAAAAUUUGUUUAUUCGGAGCUUUAAAAAAAUUAUUCAAUUGAAGAUAAUAUCAGAAUUUCAAUAUUGAUUUAAAUAUUCUAUCAGUACUAUAAUUUAGAUGAAUGCUGUUUAUUGUUGACAGAAUAAUUUUAUAAAAUUCUUUCGCUAUAAUUGUAAUAGAAAGAAAUAUUACCAAAAACUUUUAUUUCGAUAUUUAUGCCAGUUAUCAUGGAUAAUUCUAAAUUAUUAAAUGUACAUUUAAGAUAGAUCAUUAUUAAUACAAGUGGUUAUUUAAACUUGACUUUUGGAAGAGCCUUAACAGUUUACAAUUAUAAGUUUUAUUUUAUUAUCAUUCACUUCCUAAUUUUAAACUCUAACAUUCUAUAUGAAGAAUAACAUAGACAUUAGAUAAUUGAAUAAUUGUUCAAUAAUUUUCUUAAUAAAUAUGCUGCAUAUAUUGAGAAAAUAUCUUUUCAUUAAAAAAUUGGUAACCCAAACUUCUCAUAGCAGGUAACAUUUAUUCUGAAUAAUAGAUGGAAAAAUCAAUUCCAAGUUUUGAUCUAGAAUAUUAAGACAAUCAACUAGAAUUACAUUUGAAAGAGAUGUCAAACUAUAAGAAAGAGAAUUAGAUUGAAAAACCAAACAUUAUGGAUCUUGAGUCUACUUACAUAAUGUCAUAAAAUUAAUAAACUUAGAUAGUUUAAAACAUUUUACAAUAUCUAAAAAUUAACUAUCCUGCAAUAUUAUCCUAGCUUACAUCAGCAGAUCAAUUUCUUUUAAAUUCAAUAUUAUAAAUUAAAGAAGUUGAUGCAUAGAAUUAGUUGGGCGUUAGAUAAAUCAUGAAUGUGAAAAAGCUACAGAGAAAGACUUAAAAUUAAAAAUAGUACAAUGUUAUGUGA